UCAGCCGAGGGGGGCGUGGAGGGACAGCGUCUCUGGUUCGGCUCUGCGGCAAACGCACACUUGGCCUUGCGUUGGAGAGGAAGAGGAAAGGUGUCAGCUCUUCGAGCGAUUAUUUUAAGCUGCAUUCUCCGGACAGACAACGGGAGCCGGCGGGCCUUGCAGCGGGGUUGCCUGGACUUUCACCCCCGUGUAACACCAGAGUACUGGCGCUGUUCCGAGGGGCCACAGCGGUCCCCAUCACCUGUUGUGUGUUGAGAUCAGUGCCCGGGACCAUUGAUGCACCCUUUCCAAUGGUGUAACGGUUGUUUCUGUGGUUUGGGGUUGAUUUACUCGAAUAAAUCGUGCACAAUGCCUCCAAUAACCUUCCAGGAUCUUCCGUUAAAUAUCUACAUGGUGAUAUUCGGCACUGGAAUCUUUGUCUUUGUCCUGAGUCUGAUUUUCUGCUGUUAUUUUAUCAGCAAACUCCGCCACCAAGCACAGAAUGAGAGAUAUGGAUACAAAGAGGUUAUAACAAGGGGAGAUGCAAAGAAGCUAAAUUUACAUGGGCACACGUGCGCUGUUUGCUUAGAGGAUUUCAAGAUUAAAGAAGAAUUGGGAGUGCUACCAUGUCAACAUGCUUUCCACAGGAAGUGUCUGGUGAAAUGGCUGGAAAUCCGCUGUGUCUGCCCGAUGUGCAACAAACCCAUCGCAGGGGCACCGGAGCAGCAGCAGGCAAUCGGCACUCUCCUGGACGAGCUCGUCUAACACGUGUUCAAGUUGGAACGCGCAGCGGAAAGUCAGAGCACCCAGGAAUCGAGAGAGCUUGCUAAUUUUAUUUUGUUGUUAGACUUGUGAUGGGAAGUUUUGGAGCGUGAGCAGAUCUGAGCCCCACACCAUGUGCUGCAGCACCCAUGAAGGAGUGAGUUGGGGGGGGGGGGGGGGGGCUCCAGUUAGACCUGCCUUACAUCUGCUGAGGAACGGAACGUUUCCAGCCUUUCAGUUUCAUGACUAAGCUCCUUAAUUGCGAACGGCAGGGAGACUCUUGGUGAGUUGCUGUUCACACAAGCCAAAGGUCAACGGCCUGUGCUGGCUUUGCCGAUCGCCACUGUUGCAACAGUUGAAGAAGCUGCACUUGGGCAACACCGAGGGUGGAGAGGGUCCCCAUCCCCACCCCCAUCCCCACCCAUGCAUGUGGACAGGGGUCGGCUUGGAGGUGAUGCUUUCCAUAUAUUGAUAUCUGGCUAGAUUCACACGUACACGGCUGGAUAAGGCACAAGCAGAAGCAUAAACCGACAGGCACUGCAUAGCGAGCACACAACACUGUACUUACACUGCACUUCCUACACCUUGCUGUACACAUUGUGCAGCAUCUCAUGCUGAUUCAUUCACCUCCCAUGAUGCAGGGCUCUCAAUGUGCUUCCUUCAUCUCAGACUUACCCAGUGCAUAUGGAGCGAGUGCCAGAGCCUAGGACUAUUGGCCAUAAAGGGCUAGAUAUAGUGAAAUCUGUUUACUAUCAUUUGUUCAAUGUGAUUUUCUAUAUUUCAUACCUGCCAGAGAUCAUGAGUUGGAAUGGUUGUUAUAAAAAUGCAUGCAUCUACAGUAUUAAACAAUUAACUAUCACCAAAAAAACCCCACAAAGUGCUGGAGUACCUCAGUGGGUUAGGCAGCAUCUCUAGAGGACAUGAAUAAAGGCCGGACCCGAAACGUCGCCUCUCCAUGUCUUCCAGAGAUGCUGCCGGAUCGGUUCAGUUACUCCACCACUACUUGUUUUUUUUUUGGAGUUUCUUAAUAUCUACAAUGAACCACCACCAACUGCCUGACACCAGUGAAAGAUAUCCCUCUCCCUGGCAGUUUCAUUUAGACUGAUACAUCUUCUUCACACACGGAAUUAAAGGUCUUGGUCAGAGAGACUGUGAGAUCAACUGUGCAAGAGGUUUAUGCUGUUGCACAGAGCUGGCUGGAAGUGUAUUCCUGAGCUCACGAGUAGAGCACAUUUGGAGCCUGGAACAUAGUUCACCCUGCAGUUAUUUACCUGCAGUGUUGCACAUUCAGGUGAACUCUUCCAUAACCAUGCUGUGCAUUACGUGUCUUUUUGUUACCUACUGGCACGACUGUUUUGUACAUAUUUUAAAUAAACACUUUGAAUCCAUUCCUUUUACGAAGGAUUGAAAUGCAUUGUAAAAUAAUUUUAAUAAAUAUUUGCUUCCAGUG